GUUCGUUCGUGACACAGGAAUCCACAGUAAACACAGAUUGCCUGCCACACUGAGAGCAAACAAGUUAUCGACUAUAUGAGCAGGAAGGGGAUGGAUACUUUGAGCAAGAAGCUGCCUGUAGCAGUACAGGUAUCAUCCAGGACUGGUUUCAGGGACAGGUUUCUUUGUUUCUGCCAUGGUUAUGUGCUUGUCCCAUCUGGCGUAACAGGAGACCUUAGCUGAACCCCUCCCUGUCCUGUUGCUGUUCCCCUCGAAGACCUCCAAACCACCUUCUUCCUCGUCCUCCACCUCCUCCUCCUCCUCCUCCUCCCUCCAGCCACCCCUGUGAUGCCUCCCUCAUGCUGUGGCUACCUGUCACAGUACACCCAUCAUCACCUGGUUGCCUUCCUCCUCACCUUCUUUAGUUAUGUUUUGCUGCAUGCAUCCAGGAAAACCUUCAGCAAUGUGAAAGUGAGCAUCACAGCCCAGUGGACGCCGUCCCUCCAGAAUGGCACCGCACCCUCUUACUCCCCUGGAGAGACAUGGGAGGACAAUCGUCUGUUUGCAGAUGAAAAUCAGGCCACUCUGUUCUUGGGAGCUCUGGACUCCAUCUUCCUCUUCUCAUAUGCAGUGGGUCUGUACCUGAGUGGUGUGAUUGGGGACAGAGUGAACCUACGCUAUGUGCUCUGUGUCGGCCUGUGUGGCUCUGCUGCUGUGGAGUUUGUGUUUGGCACUCUCACUGAAUGGCUCAAAAUCUACAACGUCUACCUGUACUGUGGCCUUUGGGUGCUGAACGGCCUCCUGCAGUCAGCUGUCUGGCCCUGUGUGGUAGCUGUCAUGGGGAACUGGUUCGGGAAGACCGGUCGUGGCUUUGUUUUUGGCCUGUGGAGUGCCUGUGCAUCUGUAGGCAACAUCCUGGGGGCGUUCCUGGCUUCAAGUGUACUCAAGUAUGGAUAUGAGUAUGCCUUCCUGGUGACCUCAGUGGUGCAGUUUGCUGGCGGGGUGGUGGUGUUCUUUGGCCUCCUUACAUCCCCAAAAGAAGUCGGUUUAAGUAUGGAGUCAGAGACAGGGCUCAGACCUGUGGAGACAGACACAGACAGCCACAGGCCUCUAAUGAGCGACGAGGAGGAGGACGAGGUGGAGGUGGAGGUGUACGGCAGACGAUUUAACUCAGUAACGCACCCAGAUGAACCUCUGGACGAGCCGCCUCAGGCCAUCGGGUUCUUCCAGGCAUUCUGUCUUCCUGGAGUUCUUCCUUACUCCCUGGCGUAUGCGUGUCUGAAACUGGUCAACUACUCCUUCUUCUUCUGGCUUCCUUUCUACCUGAGCAACAACUACCACUGGAAGGAGGCCGAGGCUGACCGUCUGUCUGUGUGGUAUGAUGUUGGAGGAAUCAUUGGUGGGACAGUUCAGGGUUUGAUUUCUGACUUCAUGGGAAAGAGAGCUCCAGUGUUAGUUGUCAGUCUGUUGCUGGCAAUGGGAGCCUUGGUGGGAUACAGCCGCUCGCCUAAUGACCAAGCCAUUAACGCCGUGCUGCUGGCCACUACUGGAUUCUUCAUCGGCGGUCCUUCUAAUAUGAUCAGCUCAGCCAUCUCAGCCGACCUGGGGAGGCAGGAGGCUCUGAGGGGGAGUCAGGAGGCGCUCGCUACUGUCACUGGCAUCGUGGAUGGAACAGGAAGUAUAGGAGCUGCUGGAGGACAGUAUCUGGUGUCCCUCCUAGAGAGCAAGCUGGGCUGGAUGUGCGUCUUCUACUUCUUUGUUGUCAUGACAGGUGGCAGCGUCAUGUUCAUCAGUCCUCUGCUCUUCAAAGAGCUCAGAGCCAUGUGGAGGGACAGACAUAAUCUACGCCGCGAGCUGUGAAAACACCAGCAUCCGUCGUGUAAUAUUUCUACUGUUUUAAGUACCAGUAACAGGGCAGCUCAGAGAUGACUCCUCUUGGGUGAGUGUAGGGAGGUGGUAAGAUUUGGUGGAUGAUGUUUCUUCUUGCUUUACUGGUUAAGGGUUGGAGAGUCACCUGAAAGGACUCCCACAAACACAGAGAGUCUCAUCCACCAAGUCUGACAUGUACACUUUAUUAGUGCCUGACUUAAACAGGCGUAUAAAGGGACCUGGCUGUCAACCAGUCUGUGACUUCAGGCCUUUUAAGGCCUUCACAGAAUGUGCUACUGUAAAUAUUUUAAGAUUUUAAAGGGUUUAAAAGCUUUUUAAAGUGUUGAUGCUUUUCGGAGGCUGGGAUGUCCUAAAAAAAAAGUGACUAACUAUCUUCAUGUAGAAAGUCAUUGUCAGCCAUUUAAGCAUUUGUAAAUAUGUGUAAUAUGGUCGAGGUAAUGUUGCACUGUAGAAUAAUAGUAAUUUAUGUUGAUCAGGCAGAGUUUGAGGAUUUUAAUUAACCACUGAAAUCUUUUAACAACCACUUAAUUUCUCGCAUGUACAUGUUUACAUCUAUACUGUAAGGAACUUUAUUAUUGUACUUUAUUUUUGUUUUUCACUAAAAUGAACUUAAAUGCCCUCCAUUCCCCUUUCACUUCCUGUUCACAGGAAUGUUUACACCUCCAGUUUUACUGUCUUAACUUUAAAGAUCCCUCACACUGACAGAAAGACAAUCUCUCGUUGUCUUCAUAAACCUUUAGUUAACAUUUUAACAUGCCUAAAACGCACUAAAGCAGUGGUUCUCAACUGGUGGGUCGGGACCCAAAAGUGGGUCACGUAGCAGUUUUCAGUGGGUCAUGACCAGGUGUAAAAAAGAAAAAAAAGUGGCAAAAGCCCUUAAGUAUUGGGAAUGCAUCAAUACCUUUAAUUUUUCCCUAUUUUACUGUGAAAUUGGGCAAAUUUAAGUGUUUGAUCAUUAUUUCAACUCAUCUGUUUCCUCUUCCUGCAAUAAAUUGCUACUCUCCCCAUGAUAAUGAAGUAAUUUCAUAAGUUAUCUGGAAAACUGGCAAAAAUGAACAUAAUGAUGGGGAAAGAGGGUAAAUAAUUGUCAUUUUGUCCCUUUUCUUUUUUACACCAGGUGUUUUGGUCCAAUCAUCCUCCAAACUGCGACAUUCAAUUAACUAAACAUGUGUUACUUAAAUUUUUAAACUAAAUUUAAACUUGGGUCGUGAUCAGUGUUAAUAUCAUCGACUAAAACUAUGACUAAAUAUGUUCGUUGACAGCUUUUUUUCCAUGACAAAAUUUAGACUAAGACUAAAAAAUACAGAUCUGUGAUGACUAAAACUGAUAAAAAAUAAGUUUAGUUUUUGUCAAGAUGACUAAAACUAGACAAAAAUGUAAUUUUGUUUUCAUCAGACAUUCAAAAUCUGAUAUUUCUCCACUGGUGGCAGCUAUAUCUCUUUUGUCUCUUAGCUGUGGAAAGCAGAGACCCCAGGUUUGGCAGGGUGCAAAGAACACACUACCAUGACUUAGUAUAAGAUUUAGGCAAGAAAAUAAAUGCUUGGACUAAAACUAAAGACUAAAAUGUGAGGACUUUUUAUGGA